GGCAACACAUGUGGUUCUUUGGGCUUCAGAAGGUCUUUCCUUGGGAUUUCUUUCGAAAAUGACGUCACGUUCGAUGCCCAGCGCUUUUCUGAAAAGUAUCCUACAAAACGGUAUUGGUAGAUAUGUAUGUCAGCUACAGCGAAUAACAUUUCUGUUUUCAAAAUCGUCGGGUCUAUCACGUGGAGUAAGAGACUUCAUAGAAAAUGACUUGGUUGACUUUGCUAGGAAGAACCCUGGAGUAGUUGUUUAUGUGAAACCUGAUCCAAAUCAUAAAAGUCCACUUGUGGUUGCCGAAUAUCUAAAUGGUAACAAAAAAGAUAUUGAAUGCCAGUCAAUGAACAGAGAGCAAGUACAGAAAGAGGUUGAGUUAGCGAGAACACAGUCAGGUUUGGAUGUAGUAAGACUGAGAAAAUGGAUGCAUACAGACAACCCUACGAUACAGGGACUUUGGACUCCUUUCACUAAUAAACCAACUUAUUUGAAUGUUGAAACUUUUCCAUCAAAGAACCCUACAUGGAAAUAUGCAGAAAGGAGACCUACACUUAAGUUAGAUAACGAGAUUUCUGCUGAUAAGAAAUUGUCAUAACUGGACAGUUAUGUAAAUCAACCCUUUGUGACCUUGUGACUGGUAGGAUACUGUCCAGUUGAUGUAUUGCAACUGUAAAGCAUAGCAUCGUCAAACCGAUACUUGGUAUGAUUGUCAGUUGUACUCACUUUAUCUAUUCAAAUGAGACCUGUAUAUUGGACACAUACAAAUUAAAUUGUUUAUACAAAC